AACCCACAACCCGAAGCGAAAAAAACUAACUAGUAUAUCCAGCGCCGAAGCGUCAAAAGUUCCCUUUGGAUUCUCCGCGUCUCCUUCCCACUCCUCUCACCAUCGCGACAAGCGCCAGACGAUUGAUAUUCUCAAUUCCAUAUCUACCACAGAUAUCAGUCGCCCACCAUGGCCCCCUCCCAGCUCCCCCCGAUCUUCAAUGCCACCAGCCAGGACAUUGAGAUGCUGCUCGCAGCUCAGUGCCACCUCGGCUCGAAGAACCUCCAGGUGCACAUGGAGCCUUACCUCUGGAAGACUCGUCCCGAUGGCAUCAAUGUCAUCAACAUUGGCAAGACCUGGGAGAAGAUUGUCCUGGCCGCCCGUAUCAUCGCGUCCAUUGACAACCCCGCCGACAUCUGUGUGAUCUCCGCUCGUCCCUACGGUCAGCGUGCUGUCCUGAAGUUCGCCGCUCACACCGGAGCCACUGCUAUCGCUGGUCGCUUCACCCCCGGUAACUUCACCAACUACAUCACUCGCUCUUUCAAGGAGCCGCGCCUGAUCGUCGUUACCGACCCCCGCACCGAUGCCCAGGCCAUCAAGGAGGCCAGCUACGUCAACAUCCCCGUCAUUGCUCUCUGCGACACUGACUCCCCCACCGACUUCGUCGACGUUGCCAUUCCCACCAACAACAAGGGUCGUCACUCCAUCGGUCUGGUCUGGUGGCUGCUCGCCCGUGAGGUCCUCCGCCUCCGUGGUACCCUUGCCUCCCGCGAGGCUGAGUGGGACGUUGCCGUUGACCUGUACUUCUACCGUGACCCUGAGGCCGAGGAGAACAAGGAGAUCGUCGACGAGACCAAGGUUGCUUCCGCUGAGGAGGUUGGCCCCGCUGCCAUUGAGUCCGGAUUCGCCGGUGAGAGCUGGGAUGCUGCUGGUGCUGGUGCUUCUGCCCCUGGUACUGCCUUUGCCGCUGCUAGCGCUGUUGGCCCUGCUGGCACCAGCUGGGAGGCUGACGGUGGUGACUGGGCUGCUGGCUCUGCUGCCGCCGCUGCUGCUCCUGGCGAGAGCUGGGCUGAGGCUCAGCCCACCGAGACCAAGUGGUAGAUUGUCGCUGAUGAGGAGUGCCGUUGAGGAGAAAAGUAACCAAAAAUAUGGAACCCUGGAAAGUCAUUUCUGCAGCUUCGCGCAAAAUGCUCUCGGAGCCGUCUUGAACAAAAAAUUUUAAA